AUGUGGCAAAUGUGGCGCCGGGAAAGGUCCGCGAGCUCGCUGUGCUUUUUGUGGCUAUUAACCCCGUCUUUGCUGGCUGUGGGAAAUGAUUCGUUUUGCUCUUGGUCCAUGAAGCUGGAGGUUCGGAAGGAGCACCUUGCUUAUUGCAUUCAGAGUUCAGAUGGAAUACUCAGGAGCCCUAAUCUAUUGAAAGAAUUGCUGCUAGAUGAAUACGUGCACAUGAUCCAGUUGACAUUUAAGACGCCGCAAAAGGGCAUCUUGUUUGUUCCAGAUUCCACGUAUGCGGAAGGGCGCAAUAUGCUGCUGCUGGAAGCAUGCCGCGAAGAAUUGAUUCUUGGCUUCCGAUUUGGUUAUCUUGUCUUCGCAGAUGACGAUGUAUCUAUCUUGCAAGGGUCCUUCAAUGCCUGGCAUGCCGAGAUGUUGCAAUGGGAGCCAGCGAUCAUGAUACCCGCAUAUAAUUUUGUGUUGGAUGCGCGGCGCUACAAAGGUCGGCCGGUUGGAGUUUGGUGUUAUGAUUCCUUUUUCGUUGCCUACCACCGGGAGUUAGCUGAUGCCCUUCUGCCAUUGGACACAUCGUUGGAUGAUGUGGAUGCGUGCUGGUGGGACUCUUCCUUUUAUAUCCAAUACUUGUCUCAGAUCCACUUGCAAGGCCAUAUCUUGGUUUCAGACAAGCUGGUGGUUCGGGGCUUGAUCAAGGGCACAUACCCACGACAUGGUUGUUAUGGUCAUGGAGCAAGAACGUGGGAGUUGGUCAAGAGCCGCCACACAAGCUUCGGGGCAUCGUUGAAGCACGUUGCCGGGGUUGGGUCGUGGUACUUGGAAUGGGGUGCAGCCCGGAAGCGCCAGGGGAAAGGCUACGACCUGCGGCCAGACCCCGCAAACUGGAGCUUGCGGGUGAAGCCCACUCUUUCCAUCAAACGAAAGUCCCUCAACAGCUGA